GGUCGACAGUUAUUUCACCGGACAAUCCAUAUUUUUUCCACACUUAGUAGCUUGGAUUCCGCUAUAAAGACUUGCUUGGCCCAAGUCACUGGUAAACAUUACCAAAGAUUGAGAUAUUAGCACAAAGCGGCACAGUCCACUGCUACUUCACAGCGAUUAGCGUCUGUAAAUCUCUCUUGGCGGACAUGUCUUUGAGAGAGAAGUCGGAAGGAAAUCAAAUUAUGAAGAAGGAGAAAGAAGAAGAGGACGAUGUUGUUUGCUUGGAUGCGUCUUUCUUCAUGAAUGACAAUUACGAGCUUACCACUUUCACCUUUGGGUCUUUAGAACUUCAGCUACUGUGUCUUCAAUCAGCUUCAACUGAUUAUGAUCUUACUGGUCAAAUGGUCUGGCCAGGUUGUGUGCUGUUGAACAAUUACCUCUCACAAAAACCUCAUGUUGUCCAAGGAUGUUCAGUUAUUGAACUGGGUUCUGGUGUUGGUGUGACUGGUAUAUUGUGCAGCAGAUUUUGUCGAGAGGUUCUUUUAACUGAUCAUAAUGACGAAGUAGUCAAGAUCAUGAAGAAAAAUAUAGAAUUGAAUACAUCCACUGGAAGCCCUGACUGUUGUGCUGGAUUGGCAGCUGAGAAGCUAGAGUGGGGAAAUGCUGAUCAAAUCAGCCAAAUCUUACAAAAAUAUCCUAGAGGAUUCGAUUUGGUUCUUGGAGCUGACAUUUGCUUUCAACAAUCUAGCAUUCCCCCGCUUUUCAACACAGUGGAAAAGCUACUUCAACUACGAGGAAAAGACAACUGCAAAUUCAUUCUGGGCUAUGUAUCUCGGGCUAAGACGAUGGAUGCAGUGGUUAUAGAGGAAGCUGUCAAACAUGGAAUGCUUGUAAAUGAAGUAAUUGGGACCCGGUCUGUGGUUCGGAAUUAUGAGGGAGUCAUCUAUGAGAUAACUCUCAAAUAAAACGCGACCUAUGAUUUCCAUGGCAUUCGUCGUUCUGUGAUUGGAAUUCUUAAGGGAGACGCCCAUCAGAUCAAUUUUAAAUAGAAUUUGAAGUAUACUUUCCUGGUGGAUCACUCGAAGUAUACUUUCCUGGUGGAUCACUCAAAAGAAAAGAGCUAGCGGGUACAAAUCACAUCUGAUUUCGCAUAUUCUAGUGUUCGAGGGCAUGAGAAUCUCGAAUAGCAUUUUUUGUUAUUAGAUUGUACUGUUAUUUCAUGCAAGUUUUUGAUCCAAAUUUACUGUCCUGACAGUGAUGCCAGCCUUUUAAAUUCAAUUGGCCUGACUGCUGACACCUUCUAGGCUGUUGGAGAUAUACUAAAGCAAUUUACACCUUUUAGGCUCCCAAAGAUAGAGAAUUGGGUUAUACUUGUAUGUUCUUAUGAGUUUAGGGUAAUUUCUUAGUAAUUAAUUAUAUUUUUGUACUCGAUCGAUUUUGUAUUUUCUUAUUUUUGUAUCUUUGUAACAUGCUAGUUCUCUUUGCC